AUGAAGGCUCGUAACCAACAAUUCACGGAGGAGAAAAUGAUUGGCUGGCUGACUGGCUAUCUAUCUAUCUAUUUAUUCUAUCUAUCUAUCUAUUUUAUUUUCGUAUGUAUGUAUGUAUCUAAUUUACUUUGCUAUCUAUCUAUCUAUCUAUCUAUCUAUCUAUCUAUCUAUCUAUCUAUCUAUCUAUCUAUCUAUCUAGUUUCCUUCGUAUCAGUCUAUCUAUCUAUCUAUUUUAUUUUCGUAUGUAUGUAUGUAUCUAAUUUAUCUAAUUUAUCUUUAUCUAUCUAUCUAUCUAUCUAUCUAUCUAUCUAUCUAUCUAUUUAUCUAUCUAUGUAUCGUAUUUUAUCUAUCUAUCUAUCUAUUUUAGCUUCGUAUCAGUCUAUCUAUCUAUCUAUUUUAUUUUCGUAUGUAUGUAUGUAUCUAUUUUACUUUGCUAUCUAUCUAUCUAUCUAUCUAUCUAUCUAUUUUCGUAAUAUAUCUAUCUAUAUUAGUUUCGUAUCAGUCUAUCUAUUUUAUUUUUGUAUGUAUGUAUCUAAUUUACUUUUCUAUCUAUCUAUCUAUCUAUCUAUCUAUCUAUCUAUCUAUCUAUCUAUCUAUCUAUCUAUCUCUUUGCAUACUGAUUAUCUAUCUAUCUAUCUAUCUAUCUAUCUAUCUAUCUAUCUAUCUAUCUAUCUAUCAUAG